AUGGAAGUGACCAAAGAUGAAUUUAAUAUUCCAAGUGUUAUUAUUGAUCCAAAAUCACGAAUACAAUAUGCCAAAGGAAAAUUUCUUGGAAAAGGUGGAUUUGCACGUUGUUACGAAUUAGUUGAUUUAUCAUCUGGACUAUCAUUUGCUGGAAAAGUUGUACCAAAAUCAAUGUUAGUCAAACCACAUCAACAUGACUCAAGAAGUAACAAUUCAUCAGAGUCUAUCACAUAA